CAUUUGAUUGUGAAACACCAACACACUCAAUUCAAUCAUAUCCUAUCAUACUCUAAUUUUUAUAUUUAUAUAUCAACAAUCUACAAACUAAACUUAGGCAGAGUCUUCAUUAUCAAUCCAGUAUGGAAUUUCUUCAAACUCUCAAUUCCUAUAAUCCCAAUAACCAAACCGGCUUUCUUCUUGCCCUCUUCGCCGGGUUUCUACUCAUUUUUCUUUAUGUCAAACUUUCGCAGCCCCGCUUGCAGUUGCCACCAGGUCCUCGCGGUGUUCCGCUGCUUGGAAACCUGCCUUUUCUAGACCCAAAUCUUCACACUUACUUCAUGGAGUUAGGCCAAAAAUACGGCUCAAUUGUAAAGCUCCAACUCGGUGGAAAGGUUGGUAUAAUCGUGAAUUCACCAUCAGUGGCACGUGAAAUAUUAAAGGACCAUGAUAUCACGUUUGCUAAUCGUGAUGUUCCUCAAGCGGGCCGAGUUGCCACAUAUGGCGGUUUUGACAUAACUUGGACCCCAUACGGACCUGAGUGGCGUAUGUUGAGAAAAGUUUGUACAAUUAAGUUGCUUGGCAAUGCUAGUUUGGACAUGGUUUAUGAGCUCCGUCGUAGUGAGGUUAGGAAAACAGUGGCUCAGUUGUAUCAGAGAGCUGAGUCGACGGUAAAGAUAGGAGAGCAGGUUUUUUUUACAGUUUUCAACGUGAUUACGAGUAUGUUGUGGGGUGGGACAAUGGAAGGGGAGGAAAAGGCUGCCGUUGCAGUUGUGUUUCGAGAGAUGGUUUCAGCCAUGACUGAGUUAGCGGGUAAACCUAAUAUUUCUGAUUUUUUUCCAAGCUUGGCUUGUUUGGAUGUUCAAGGAAUUGAGAAGAAAAUGCUUAAGCUUCUCCCUAAAUUGGACACUAUUUUUGAAAAGUUGAUUGAUGAACGAUUGAGAAUGACGAAUAAUGAAGAAGGGAGUAGAAAUAAAAAUGAUUUCUUGCAGUUUUUAUUAAAAGUCAAAGAUGAAAGCGAUUCUCAAACACCUCUCACAGUGGUUCAACUCAAAGCCUUGCUAAUGGAUAUGGUGUUUGGUGGAACAGACACAUCCUCAAACACCAUUGAAUUCGCAAUGGCGGAGAUGAUGAAGAACCCAAAAGUUGCAGAGAAAGCAAAGGAAGAACUCCGUGCCGUGGUUGGAGAACAGAGUAUUGUUGAAGAAUCCCAUAUACAGAGUUUGCCAUAUCUCAAAGCCAUAAUGAAAGAAACAUUGCGUCUUCAUCCAAUUCUGCCGCUGCUAGUGCCGCAUUGCCCCAGCGACACCACCGUCGUCUCCAAUUACACAAUUCCAAAGGGUUCUCGAGUGUUCGUCAACGUCUGGGCCAUUCAACGAGACCCCAAUGAAUGGGAGAAUCCAUUGGAGUUCGACCCAGAGAGGUUUAUGAACGGUAAAUUGGAUUUCAGUGGGAGUGAUUUUCGUUAUUUCCCAUUUGGAUCUGGUAGAAGAAAAUGUCCUGGGAUUGCCAUGGGGGAAAGAAUGGUAAUGUAUUUGCUUGCUACGCUUUUGCAUUCGUUCGAUUGGAAAUUGGAAGAAGGUGAAGAGAUUGAAAUUGAGGAGAAAUUUGGGAUUGUUUUAACGAUGAAGAAGCCUCUUGUUCUCAUCCCCACGCCUAGAUUAUCAGACCCUACUCUGUAUCAGUGAACAAAUUGGCUUUUCUUCCGCCAUUGUUGUUCCUAAUUCAAAACUUCUCAAAUUUCAAAUAAAAUCGUGAGCUUCAGCGUGUUGGGUUGAAAUUCUAAA